AUGGCAACAACUAAGCCCGACAAACGAGUGGAUGACGACCUCGAAGGCGAGGAUGAACUUACGCAGCAGGAGCGACAGAAGGGAGUCUAUCAGCGUCAGGGCACUUAUAGGGAAAAGGCCUUGCAUAGAGUCCUGUCACCACAGCGUGCUGAUCCCUUUUCGGCUUCGACACCUGCUGCUGAUUUGACUACUUAUUCGGAUGUGGCACAACAGGCUACUCUUCAGAAGGAGAGGGCUGAGGUGUUGAGGCAAAUCCAGGCGCAGAAGAAGGAAGGUGAAAACGGUGUUGGCGUCAAGCGGAAGGAUGAGGACAGGGACGAAGAUUAUAAAAAAGAGGGGUCCAAGAAGCGCCGCAGUGACGACGGUAUCAAGGAAGCCGACGACGAUCGGUGGGAGACCCCUGUAGGUGGGUCGGGCGAGUGGGGGGAGACGCCGGCUGUUGGGUCCUUUGGUGGUCCUGAGCCUACUAUGAAGACAAAGAGGAAGCGUGUAUCGCGCUUCUCGGAUGCUCCCUCUGGUGGGGAGACUCCUGAUGGGAGUGGAAGUAUGGGGGAGACUCCAGUGACUAGGAGUAGAUGGGAUGAUGCUGUGGGUCGCACGCCUGUUGGGGCGGGAGCAACUCCUGGAGCUACCCCUUUGGUGGCUGCGACACCGGGCACGACGCCACUGUUUCAGCCGGGCAUGGAGACGCCUAUGGGCCUCACACCUCAGUUUCAGGCGGCUGGGUAUGGUAUGACUCGACUGGACGCAGAACUGGAUGUGAGGAAUAGAUACAUGACGGACGAUGAGAUCGAUGCACUACUGCCGUUGACUGGAUAUGAAAUCGUGAAGCCACCAGAAGGAUAUGAGGCGCAGCAACAGGCUCAUAGGAUAAGCGUUAAUCAGGCGGCGACUCCACUGGGGGAGACCACGGGGUUCUCGAUGCCAUCUGGAGGGGCUACACCUGCGAUGAUGGCCGGGCUGGACGCCUCAACUGCGGGCCUCAGUGAUGCUGGAGCUGGAGACCUGCCGGACCUGCGGCCUGAGGAUGUACAGCACUUCUCGGCUCUGAUACAGGUAGGACCGUAUGAUAAUCUGAGCCCAGAAGAGGCUAAGGAGAGGAAGGUCAUGGCGUUGUUGUUGAAAGUCAAAAACGGCACACCACAGAUGCGUAAGAUGGCAAUGAGGGAGAUCACAGAACGUGCGAAGCAGUUUGGACCGGACGCCUUGUUCAACCAGAUCCUCCCGUUGCUCAUGAGUACCACCUUGGAGGACCAAGAACGACAUCUGUUGGUGAAGGUCAUCGAUCGUGUUCUCCACAAGCUGGACGAUAUGGUCCGCCCCUACGUCCAUAAGAUUCUGGUCGUCAUAGAGCCGCUAUUGAUUGAUGAGGAUUACUUUGCUCGAGUGGAGGGACGGGAGAUCAUCUCGAAUCUAUCUAAAGCAGCUGGCUUGGCCACGAUGAUCGCCACUAUGAGACCAGAUAUAGACCACCCUGAUGAGUACGUCCGUAAUACGACCGCUAGGGCGUUCGCGGUGGUGGCCAGUGCCCUUGGUGUGCCGCAGAUUAUGCUGUUCUUAAAGGCAGUGUGUCAGAGUAAGAAGAGUUGGCAGGCCAGACACACUGGCAUUAAAAUCGUACAGCAGAUAGCCCUAUUGAUGGGGUGUGGGGUACUGCCAUACUUGAAGCAGUUGGUAGACAUAGUACAGUUCGGAUUGGGGGAUGAGCAGCAGAAGGUUCGUACGAUAACAGCGUUGGCUUUGGCGGCCUUGGCUGAGGCCUCGUUCCCCUAUGGUAUUGAGUGCUUUGAUAGUGUCCUUAGGCCACUGUGGCGGGGUAUAUGUGAGCACCGUGGUAAGGGGCUUGCGGCGUUUCUGAAGGCUAUAGGGUACAUCAUACCUCUGAUGGACGCCGAACAUGCCAACUACUACACUCGGGAGGUUAUGAUUAUCUUGGUACGAGAGUUCUCUACUCCUGAUGAGGAAAUGAAGAAAAUCGUGCUGAAAGUCGUGAAGCAGUGUGUGGCCACUGAGGGUGUGGAGGCGGCGUAUGUUCGAGAGGAUAUCCUCCCACCGUUCUUCAGGAACUUUUGGGUGGUUCGUAUGGCAGCUGAUCGAAGGAACUAUAGACAGUUGGUGGACACGACUGUGGAGCUGGCGAGAAAAGUCGGCGGAGCGGAGAUUGUUCAGAGAGUUGCUGAAGAUUUGAAGGAUAAUAAUGAGGCGUAUCGGCGAAUGGUGAUGGAAACCAUCGAGAAGAUCGUGGACGAGAUGGGCGUCCAGGAUGUGGACUCGCGUCUUGAAGAACAGAUUGUCGAUGGUAUGUUGUAUGCCUUUCAAGAGCAAUCUUCGGAUGAUACGGAGACUAUGCUCAAUGGCUUUGGCACUAUCGUCAACUGCUUGGGGGUGCGUAUUAAGCCGUACUUGCCGCAGAUCGCUGGUAUCAUUCGAUGGAGGCUAAACACGCCUAGUGCUAGGGUACGCCAACAAGCGGCCGAUUUGAUAGCACGCAUCGCUGGAGUUAUGAAGUUAUGCGGCGAGGAACAGAUGCUGGGACACUUCGGCCUGUUCCUAUAUGAGUAUCUCGGUGAGGAGUAUCCUGAGGUGCUGGGGUCGAUCCUGGGUGCGUUGAAGGCUAUCGUGAACGUGAUCGGUAUGACCAAGAUGUCGCCGCCAAUCAAGGAUCUGUUACCCCGGCUAACACCAAUCCUCAAGAAUCGUCACGAGAAAGUAGAGGAGAACUGCAUCGACCUGAUCGGCCGAAUCGCCGACCGUGGCGCUGAUCUGGCCCCACCAAGGGAAUGGAAUCGAAUCUGUUUCGACCUGUUGGAGCUCCUCAAAGCGCAGAAGAAGGGCAUCCGGCGAGCUGCAGUGAAUACCUUUGGAUACAUUGCUAAGGCGAUUGGCCCACACGAUGUGAUUGCAACUUUGCUCAAUAAUCUCAAGGUUCAAGAGCGACAGUUGAGGGUGUGCACAACUGUGGCUAUUGGCAUCGUCGCUGAGACUUGUGGACCCUUCACUGUGUUGCCUGCUAUUAUGAACGAGUACAAGGUGCCUGAGCUACACGUGCAGAAUGGCAUUCUCAAGAGUUUAUCAUUCAUGUUCGAGUAUAUCGGCGAGAUGGGUAAGGACUAUGUCCACGCGGUGACGCCCCUGUUCGAGGAUGCACUUAUUGAUAGAGAUCUAGUUCAUCGCCAGACUGCUACCUGGGCCGUUAAGCAUAUGGCAUUAGGCGUACAUGCGCUGGGCCAAGAGGAGUGUUUGGAACAUUUGAUGAAUUAUAUUUUCCCCAAUAUCUUCGAGACGGCCCCUCAUAUGAUACAGGCGUUCUUUGAUGCUAUGGAUGCUAUGCGAGUUAGCAUUGGUCCUUGCCGGGUCUUACAGUAUGUAGUGCAAGGGCUUUGGCAUCCAGCCCGAAGAGUGAGGGAGUGCUACUGGCGGGUGUACAACUCUCUGUAUAUUGGCGCUGAGGAUGCACUGGUUGCGUUCUAUCCCCGAGUUCCCUUGACGUGGGAUGGUCAGGAUGAAGAGCAGGACCAUCCGGAAGUACCCAGGCUUGGACCGAUUUUGAAGGUGCAUGUAAGGGAAUGCGAUGUGAGUGCAACGGUAAGUCAAAAGGGUGUCACCGUCAUUUACGAGAUUCGCCUUACUGCUGAUAUCAAGGUUACACUUCCGAUAGAUAAAGGAAGGUCAAUGUGUGAGGCUAAAGGGGAGAUCAGUGUUCCGUCGAUUGACUCAGUGGAUGCUGAGGACGAGUUCCGUGAUGCGAAGGUUAACUUUAUACCGUCGAUGAAUGUCCAGCCGGGGGCGGGCGAGGUCGGUUUGGUCGGUUUUGUGAGGUGUAUUGGUGUUGGUCGUUCAGAAUUUGAGAGCGUUAGUGUGCUCACUAUUGGAACGGUGUAA